AUGAUUCGUAAUGUGAUUGGCCGUUCAACUUGUCGACUUUCCAGGGUAUAUGCUAGCAGUCGUGAUUACACAUCACGAGCACCUAUAAAUAUAGGGAUAUUGAUCGUUCCAGAGAAAGAAGCAUGGGUUAUUGAAAGGUUAGGAAAAUUCCACAGGACACUGGAACCAGGACUCAAUUUUUGUAUACCCAUUCUAGAUCGCGUCGCUUAUGUACAGUCACUGAAAGAAGUGGCCAUUGAAAUUCCAGAUCAGUCAGCCAUUACAUCAGAUAAUGUCGUUUUACAAUUGAACGGUGUUCUCUUCCUUAAGGUCAAAAUCCUUAUUUGGCAUCAUAUGGGGUGUCCGAGGCUGAAUUUGCAAUUACCCAGUUAG